CCAACUUCCACGUCAGUCUACACCAGCAUAUCCCUCAAAUCAAAGACACAUCAACAUGGGCUGGCUCUGGAAGUCGUCCCCCUCUCCUCCCAAGGAGAAUGCCAAUCCUCCCGCCGUCAACGAUGCGCCCCAACCACCACCGCAGGAACCUCGAGCCUUGACUCGCGACGAGCUAGCCGACGCAGAAUUCAAGCAACUCCUCGCGAGUCUAGAAAGUGACAUCUCAGGGAAAGGACCGGCCCAAUCGUCGUCACCAUCAGGAGAACAGGCCUCCGCCACACCAUCCGCACCGUCGUCAACCACCGCGCCCUCGUCUUCUCCCUCCUCCAUUGCCCCCGAAUCCCUCUACCCCGACAGCAUGUCCUGCCGCUCCGCAUUCGACUACGCCUUCUUCUGCCAAUCCUUCGGCGGACAGUUCGUCAACGUCUACCGCUACGGGGAACUGCGAUCGUGCAGCGAGCACUGGGAUAACUUCUGGCACUGCAUGAAGACGCGCACGUUCUCGGACCCUGAGCGCCAGAAGGCCGUCCGGGAACACUACCGGAAGAAGGCGAUGAAGUAUAGGACGGGGCCGAGUAGCGAGGAUGUCUGGGACAUGCGCAUGCAGCCGGUGCGGGACGCUUUCCAGGGAGACUUCGCGGCUUUGGAGCGGGAGAUGGAGCUGGAGGAGGCCGCACGGAAGGCGGCUUGAUUGGUUUUGUUUGUUGUGGGUUUUGUCUUUUGUCUGGUUUAUGAUGGUGUGGAAUAGAUACCUCGCCCUUCGUGGGAGUUCUUGUAUAUUAUUUGAUGUUACCUCUCUCUGUACAGUAUGACUGAUGUCUGGCUCAUGAAUGUCAUAAAUUGAUGCGUGG